AUGCACGAGUUUGAAGCCUGUGUGCCCCCGUGCCCUGGCGUGGCAUCUCCCUUGAAUGCCUGUGAACGCAGCACGGCUAAUCUAACGUUCGAGCGCGAGCGCACUCUGCAGGAGAAUUUGGACAGGAAACUGUUUGGGCAGCACCUGGUGAACAAGGUGGUUGUAAAGGCCGUGAAGGGCUUCUUGAACAACACCAACGCCAAAAAGCCUCUUGCCCUUUCCUUGCACGGGUGGACUGGAACAGGCAAAAACUUUGUCAGUAAGAUAGUUGCCGAAAGCAUUUAUAAGAGAGGUCUGCAGAGUAAAUAUGUCCAUCAGUUCGUGGCAACUUUACACUUUCCUCACGCUCACAGCAUCAAUCUCUACAAGGACCAGUUGCAGUCGUGGAUUCGGGGAAAUGUGAGCAUCUGUCCCAGAUCACUGUUCAUAUUUGAUGAAAUGGAUAAAAUGCAUGCAGGACUCAUUGACUCCAUCAAGCCAUUCUUGGACUACUAUGAGCUUCUGGAUGGGGUGUCUUACCGACAAGCCAUCUUCAUAUUCCUCAGCAAUGCGGGAGCUGAGAAGAUAACAGAGGUGGCACUAGAUUUCUGGAGAAACGGGAGGACAAGGGAAGAUAUACAGCUCACAGAUAUCCAAAAUGCACUGUCUGUGUCCAUCUUCAAUAACAAAAAUAGUGGAUUUUGGCACAGCACCUUGAUUGAUAGAAAUCUUAUUGACUACUUUGUUCCCUUCCUGCCUCUGGAAUACAAACAUGUGAAAAUGUGUGUCAGGGUUGAGAUUGAAUCGCGUGGCUAUGCUGUGGAUGAAGACAUUUUAACCAGAAUAGCCGACGAGAUGACCUACUUCCCCAGAGAGGAGAGAAUUUAUUCAGAUAAAGGAUGUAAAACUGUGGAUGCAAAGCUGGAUUAUUACUAUGACUUCUAAUGCUUUAUUGCUACAACCUGCAAAGAAGCAAAUUUAACUUAAUCACAAAGUGGAGAACCCGGGACAUUUCAUUUUUAAGCACUUUUUAAAGAAAGGAACAUUAUUUUUUAACUGGUGUGUAAACAAGCGGCAGUGCCUCUGCAUUUUUAUUCUGUCACUAGUUACGGCUCCCAAGUACUUCAGCCUUGUGUUGUCAAGGUAAGAACGAACUGCGUUGUGAAUGCGGGGGUCUGUGUCUGACAGUGCCGAAGACUCCUCUCGGAUCGUGUGUCAAUCGUUGGAACCAUUUGGUGGACUGUUGGCAUGUAUAGAAGGACUGAGACUAUGACCUAAUUUUAAUUGGAUUUUAGUUUGAUGUGGAUGAUUUCUAGACAAUAUUGAGAAUUUUAAUCAAAGUUCCUAUGUCUGUGAAAGCCUUCAUUGGGCUUGUGUGGGAACAUUCCUAUAACUGCAUUAAAAGUAGGAUAUGUGUCUUUUCUCCUUGAACAGCUUGGCUCCAGUAAAGAUAAGGGGAGAUUCUGUAACAACAACAACAAAAAAAAUCCAGUCUCUUCUAUCCAGCAUCAUGCAGUACCAUUUUCUUUCUCACAACAGUGGUAUAAUUUGGUCUUCUGCGUGUCAAACUAAGAAUAUGAAACUCUUUGGUGUGAAUAGUGUUCAGAGGGCGGACUUAAUAUUACAAGGAAGUGAGUUAAAAUCCUUGACUGCCACAUCAGUGUAGCUGGUUCCUAUUUUUGGUUAUUUUUUUAUGUAUAAAGUUGCCCACAGCGUGCUCUCCCAGGAGUGAUCUUAGGAGGGAGAAAAGUGUGCUUUCUGACUGGUGAGUCAGCUUCAUGGAAAGGGUGUGACUUAAUGGGAAACAUAUACAGGUUAACUUUUACACCAAGGAAA